AUGGAGAUAGACCUGUCCCGCAUACCAAACAAAGACCAGUGGGUGGCUGCCGCCAGGGAGGCGGCGGGCCGGCCGGACGACUUCGAGGCGUGGGAGAAGCUGGUCCAGCUGACCGAGUUCCUGCCGUCGCUCAACGUCAAAACCAAGUACCCGGUCAGCAGCCGCUCGCCCGCCGUGGAGAGGCGGCUGGUGCUGCUGGCGUACGAAAACCUGCUUGUGAACUUCCCGCUUCUGGAGCAGUACUGGGUCAACUACGCAACGUGGUUCUACACCUUCAACGACCUGGCCGGCGCGGUGGAGACCUUCGAACGGGCCUUGCUCAUCCUGCCGCAGUCGCUGCUCCUCUGGAACGCAUACCUCGACGUGCAGCUGAGAAUAAACUCAGACAACGCCCAGAUGUUGGCGAGCUUCGAGAGAGCCCGCGAGGCCAUCGGCUAUCACUACCUCGGCAGCCCCUUCUUCGACAAGUACCUCCUCUUCUUGAAAAACAACAGACUCGUCCGGGAGUACCACCUCGUGUUGCGGAAAAUCAUAGAGAUUCCGCAGCACGACUACCUGAAGUACUUCAAGACGUUCCUCAACCUAAUAGAGGACGCCGACCUGGACACAAUCAAGUUCCUGGUCUCCAAGAGCGAUCUGAAGGCGGAUUUCGGCCUCACCUGGGACGACCUCCUCAGGGACGAGAACCUGCGCAAGCUAAAGCUGGAGCUACGCAAGAAGUUCUUGGACCUCUUCAUCACCGUGCAGUACCACUCUUGGAAGUUCUACUAUUUCGAGAAAAACCUCUCCACCCACUACUUUGUGCCGAACGAAAAGCUCUCCCGACUCGAGUUGCAGACCUGGCGCUCCUACAUAGAAUACGUGGAGACGCUGAACUUGAAGGCAGCCACAAAGGAAAAGGAGCUCUCUUUGAUCAAGAACAACAUCUCCUUGAUCGACACCCUCUACAGUCGAUGCCUUAUACCGGCCGCGUCGUAUCCGUUUUUCUGGAUCAAGCUAUCCAACUACUACCUGAACUACAACGACCUCGACUCUGCCAAGCUGGUUCUUCUCAAGGGUGUCUAUUUGAACCCGGUAGCGAACUUGAAGGUCCGCCUCAGGUUGGUCGACCUAUACAUACUGUCUUCGGAGUUCGACAAGGCCAGAUGUCUGGUCUAUGAGUCGCUGCAACUGCUUCCGAAUAAUCUACAGCUGUUUUGCAAGCUUCUAGAAAUCCAACACUUCACUCAGGCGUCGAGCGUCUCCAAGCUGAUUGUGAACAAGUUGACCGAAAUACCCAAGCUGAAGAACAAAGAGCUUGAAGAGCAGUUCGACUGGCUUUUUGUUGAAAUGUUAGACUACUCCUGCAUCACCGUCGAAAAGCUAGCGCAAAUCUUUGAGAUGUUCAAGGACAAAAAGAGCCCCCACUACCUCAAGGCAAAAAAGAUGUUUCACGAAACCUACAAGUUGGACGGCUUGGACCCGUUGAAGGCAGCAAAAAUCCCCCAAGGAUGGGAAUGCGUGUAUUUCUGA